UCGAAAAAUAAUUUAGAAUUGUUGAGCUGAAAAAUCGACGUAAGAGAAGAAAACAGAGAAGGGUGGGUUGUGUAGCAGCGUUGCUAACAAUUCUCUGCCCCCAAUCGAUUGAUUCGCCAUGAAUUCUCUUCUGGUAACCACGCAUGCUUCUCCAUUCCGUGCGUUCCCACACUCUUCAACUUCUAAAUCUUUCAAUAUCUUUCUCACACUCAGAUUCAGACAACCCCCUUUCUCUUUCCCUUUCCCUUUCCCCCAUUUCCUUUUGAAUCCACCUCGCUUAGUUCCAUACUGUUCCCCUCUCUCUUCGUCCAAUGGAUCCAACUCAACAAUUCCUUCCAUUAAGAACGACACCUUCCAUUCUCAAGUCACAACCCCCAAAUUCCCUUCCUUUGUUUCUCCUCUCCCCAAGCUUAGCUUUAGUGAUCAAGCUUUCUUUCUCCUCGCUUUCAUUGCCUGCACGGCUUCAGUGGCUUUCACCAGCCUUGUUUUUGCUGCUGUUCCCGCUUUAUUCGCAAUGAGAAAUGCUGCAAUAUCCCUUUCAAAGCUAGCAGAUACUGCUCGUGAGGAGCUCCCUAGUACCAUGGCUGCUAUAAGGCUUUCGGGGAUGGAAAUAAGUGAUCUGACCCUAGAAUUAAGUGAUCUAAGCCAGGAAAUAGCAGAUGGAGUCAACAAGUCAGCUCAAGCUUUGCAAGCAGCAGAAGCUGGAAUCCGACAGAUUGGUUCAAUGGCACAACAACAAACCAUAUCCAUGAUUCAAGAGAGGGCGAGUUUACCCAUAAUUUCUUUGCAACCUGCUGUUGCUGGAGCUGCCAGAAAGACUUCCAGAGCAGUUGGCCGAGCCACAAAGAGCUUGUUGAACAUCAUUUCAGGAAGGCAAGGCACAGCAGAAUACGAUGACGACGAAACUUACAUUUGAAAAAUCUGUUGAGUUCAAUUAAAAUGAUUCAGCUGUGUGAAUAUUCCAUUUGCUCAAUGCCCCGAUCCAAACAUAGUGUAGGAGGAUACUGUAAAUUGAACAGAAAAUUAUGUCAAAAUUUGAAUAUAUAGGCACGACCUUAUUACACGGCUUACUAUUUUGUGAAAGUGAAUCUAUAAAUGUACCCAGUUGGCAUUUACAAUAACAAGC